AAACCGGACUGGAGCUCUUGUACAUUUUAUGGUGCCACCGAUUGGUCCUGAUAUGGUGGUACAGUGUUUUCCCGAAGGAUCUAAUUACCGAGUCAAGGAUUUCACUGGAAGCGGUCGAGUCUGUGCUGGAGGGAAGUGAUAGAGAUCACUAUAUAUAAGACACAGCAGCGCUGCUCCAAUGUGAGCAGACCGACACCUCUCAUCCCUGCAGCAGAUUGCUUCAAGUUACCAUGCUUUCCGCCUCCCUGCUCACCGGCCUCGUGGCCAUCAAUGGGCUGAUCGCUGGAGGCCGCGCAGGCAUUCUGUAUCACCGAGAGGCGGCCUGUACAUCCCCAUACCAGCUGCAGAGCGACACCCUCGCGAUCGACGACACGAGCGCGCAGAACCUCACGCUGCAGGCCAACUGCGGGUUGAAAUGGAAGGUCGAGACUCUCGCCGACGUCACCUCCUGGUUCAUCGACUGCAACGACAAUCUUGCCUUCAACCAGAGCACCACGGUCGCCCAGGCGGUCGUCGUCGACAGCUCGACGCUGACCAUCCAGCUCGACGCCUCCCAGAUCGCGGGCUUCAGCACGAAUGGCCCCGGCGCUCUCAAGGUGCUGCCGCCGUCGGGCGCCCUGGCGACGACGGGCAAGGCGUCGUAUGAGCCGGCGAGCCUGGCGGUGGGCUCCUACAGCAUCCCCAAGCUGACCGUGCAGAGCAACAUCAUGGGCAGCGCCUACACGCACGCCAAGAGCACGCUCAAGGAGCUGUUCGGCAUCAACGUCACGUACGACCCGAACACCAUGGCCCUGCUGGACCUGGAGCUGCCGGAGCUGGAAGACGCGGCCAUCGGAUACGACGACGCGACGGUCAGCCUCGCCGGGGGCGACGGCUACUACACGACCGAGUAUACCCUCAACGCGGACCGGCUGACGGGAUCGUGGCUCAACGGGCGCACCAGCUACUCCCUGCAGGAGGGGGACAUGGUGAUCAACACGGGCGACUACCUCAUCACCGACGACGACAGCGGGCGCGAAUGGAGCUGUCUGGGCGGCGACGGGCAGGGCAACUACAUCUUCAACCUGGAGGUGGCCGGCAUCACCUACAACGGCCUCCCCGUGGCCGCGGCGCAGUUCCGCGCCCACAUCUACAUCUACGGCUACAACUACACCAGCGACGCCGCGACCAAGUACGGCGCCGGCACCCCCGUGGACGCCGUGAUCGAGCCCCUGAGCGACAAGGUCUCCAACCCCCCGACGAGCGGCGCCGAGCCCAUCUUCACCUGGGUGGGCGAGGGCGAGAAGCCCAACCUGGCCGACGCCUUUGCCGACGACGUCUACAUCACCUGGCCCCAGGACACCGACGCAUCAGCCCUGGAGGCCUGCGACGUCGAGAUCGUCCUGUCCAGCCUGUCGGGCGACCGGGCCACCCUGGGGCCCGAUCUCGACUAUGUGAUCAACACCUCCAGCAACGAGACCCAGAUCGCCAUCACCCUGCAGAACUGGGCCUUCCAGCCCGUCUACACCGAGAUGACCGUCACCGUCGCCGGCGCCCGCCUGCAGGGCACCCGCCCUGCGGCGGCCGCCCUCUCCAAGACGUACGACAUCGCCAGCGUGUUUGUCUACCUCACCCAGCAAGGCGGCGGCGGCACCACCGUCGACGGCACAGUCACGACCUACAGCUUCUACGGGCUCGCCAACCUGACCGACGUCAGCCAGAUCACGGUGCCCAGCAACUACACGCUGAGCACGACCGUCGAUGGAGUCACCCAGUACUUUGCAGGCACGACCAACAGCACCGGCGUCUAUGUCAAUUCCACCGCCGCCGCCACCGUGUUUGACGGCUCGGGCGUCGAGGAUCUCAACGUGCAGCUGAUCGGCAACACCGUCUAUGUCACCACCCGCAUCAACGCGACCGCCACCAAGACCGUCGACGGCGAGCCCGUCACCUUCACCAAGGCGUACAACGGCGGCGCCACCCUCUCCCCCGACGCGGCCUCCCCGUACCUGACCGGCGAGCCCGGAUACGCCAUCAACCGCACCGCGACCUGGAUCUUCCAUGAGAAGUGGGCGUGGCAGGAGAGCAUCAAGAUCGGCUGGGGCGGCAUCGAUGUCCAGCCCUACACGGGCAAGUUCGAGUGGGAGAUGGACAAGGGCUCCAGCCAGCAGUUCACGGCCAACGAUCCCUCGGUGACCUGGAGCCUGCUGGGCAACGAGUCCAACAGCACCACCGUCUCCAGCAAUGGCACCCUGUUCUAUGCCAGUGACGAGACCUCGGCUGCUAUUGCUCUCAUCGCCACCUCCACGACGGACAAGUCCUAUGCCGGUCAGGGCUGCGUGAACGUGGUUUCGUCCAUUUUGGCCUGAAUAUGAUAUACUGGAGGAUCUAGAUUAUACUAUCUUAGUUAACAUUAAUACCACCU